GAAUUGGAAGUAAAAAAGAAUUACACAAUGGAGAUGCUGAAUUUGAAGUUGCUGAGAAUUCUGAUUUUGUAUGAAGCAGCAAUUUUGUAUAAAUAUUCUGAUGAUCAUUCUCAGGUGAAUGCUGCCGACUCUUGUAAAGCCUCUAGAGGGACUGUGGCCAGAGUCGGCAAAUGUCCCGAGAAUGAAGCUGAAUGGAUGGAGGCAGCCAAAAGAAAGAAUUGUUCAUCCCUUGCUGGACUGUGUCCAGAGCCUGACAGAUUUGUGUAUCAUUGUGUAUUGAACUUCUUUCUCAAUGAAACUCUUGAAGUGUGUGCUUAUGGAAGGAGAAUCCUUCUAGGGAGAUGUACAGAGUACAGCAUUCUAGGAAAUCUGAUCCAGGAGAGUAGGGUAGACUGUAAAAUGUUUCUCAGGCCCUGUCCUGUUAUAUAUCCAUCCACUGAGGCAUACAAAUACCAGGGCUGCUAUAAUUUAGUUCAGAGACCAACAACAAGUCAGCCAUUAACGACUAGGCAUUUGUUUCUGUCAACAACAGGACUACACUUUAUUGGUAAAGAAGCAACAGAGGGGAUUCCAUCGACAACCUCAUCAGGAGACUCUUUCACUUCAGACAACAUAACAGAAAGAUCAGGCAGUGAAGAUUCAGUACCAUGUUGUGGUAUUGCUGAGGUAGUUGUGAUAGUUGUAUCUCUGAUUCUUUCAUUGACAAUAUUUGUUGCAUUCCUUGUGGUCUACCUUUGGAGAAAAAGACAAAAAAGAAAGUACAGCCACAAGCAAAAUGGCCAUGCCCUCAUUCAGGGGGAGAUAAUCCAGAAAUAG